GAAAAAAAAAAAAAAAAAAAAAAAAGCAGCAGCUCCGUAUUGAAUGAAUUGAUGGGCACACUCCAACUACUGGGCUGGAGAGACUGGAUUUGGUCUUGCCAUUUCUGCUUCUUUGAAAAAGGAGACAACUUGGGCUUCCUUUUAAUUUAGUUUUUCUCCUUCUCCCCCACCCCCAACCUCCCCCCUCACCUCCCCCACUCCCCUCUAUCACCACCCCCCUGUUAAAUAAGAGGGUGAAAGGGAACCAGAGCGCACAAGGAAACUGACCCAGGAGGCAGAGAAGAUGGGCAUCCUCAGCGUAGACUUGCUGAUCACACUGCAAAUUCUGCCAGUUUUUUUCUCCAACUGCCUCUUCCUGGCGCUCUAUGACUCGGUCAUUCUCCUCAAGCACGUGGUGCUGCUGCUGAGCCGCUCCAAGUCCACCCGCGGGGAGUGGAGGCGCAUGCUGACCUCAGAGGGAAUGCGCUGCAUCUGGAAGAGCUUCCUCCUUGAUGCCUACAAACAGGUGAAAUUGGGUGAAGAUGCACCCAAUUCCAGUGUGGUGCAUGUCUCCAAUCCCGAAGGAAGCAACAACCAUGGACAUGGUACCCAGGAGAAAACAGUUGAUGGAGCUGAGUGCCACCUUCUGGACUUUGCCAACCCUGAGCGCCCACUGGUGGUCAACUUUGGCUCAGCCACUUGACCUCCUUUCACUAGCCAGCUGCCAGCCUUCAGUAAACUGGUGGAGGAGUUCUCAUCAGUGGCUGAUUUCCUAUUGGUCUACAUUGAUGAGGCUCAUCCUUCAGAUGGUUGGGCAGUACCUGGGGAUUCUUCUUUGUCUUUUGAGGUGAAGAAGCACCAGAACCAGGAAGACCGAUGUGCAGCAGCUCAUCAGCUUCUGGAGCGUUUCUCCUUGCCGCCCCAGUGCCGAGUUGUGGCUGACCGCAUGGACAAUAAUGCCAACGUAGCUUAUGGGGUAGCGUUUGAACGUGUGUGUAUUGUGCAGAGACAGAAAAUUGCUUAUUUAGGAGGGAAGGGCCCCUUCUACUACAACCUUCAAGAAGUCCGGCGUUGGCUGGAGAAGAAUUUCAGCAAGAUGAAAACUAGAUUAGCUGGUUAAAAGUAUGAUUGCAACAGAGCUUUUUAAAUAUAUAUAUAUAUGUGUGUGUGUGUGUGUAAAGAAAAGGAAACUAAGAACUGAAUCCACUGUUUCAACUGAGUCCUAUUAUCUCACUGAAAGACAGGAAUUUACAAGUCAGAAGAGCAUAAACCUCUAACAUCUCAAUAAACUUUCACCACUUAAAUGGCUUUGGGCUCAAGAGUAGCCCCAUCAUUUCUCUUCCUAGUGAAAAGCCCUGAAAUGAAAAGAUCCCAAGAUGGAAAAGAAGAAAUCUUAUUUCAGCAUGUGUUCAGUCUUCCCUGAGAAAGAAGUGAUACAGCUGAUGCAUGCUUUGGGACCCGAAGGAAAGAUUUACCUUAUCAACUACUAUGCUAGGGGUGCUACCAUCAUUGUUAGUAAAGGGUAUUGCUUAGGCUUUCUUCAGCAUGGAUAGAGCCCAACUGGAUAAGUCCUAAAUAUGUACUUAUAAUGAGUCUUCAGACCCAGGCCGUGUGGCUAGGACCUUAGUGUUUAACAUGUUAGAGUACUUUCUGAUGUUCUAAUGCCUAGCCAUGUAAUGCUCUAUGUUGGCCUGAAUAUCCCAGGACUCACAGGUAUAUUUGCAGAUAUCAAGAAUGAUCCCUGCUUGGAGAGUUAGAAUGAUCAUCCGAAAUCUGAUGGCUACUUGCUAGGCAGGUGGGGGGAAGCACUAGAAGAAAAUCCAGUUGACAAGCUAGGAAAAUGAGGCAGAAAACAAUUAGAAGGUUUCAUAGAGCUUCAUCUUGAAACCAUUGAGUGGCACUAAUUUGUUAGCUACAGAAACAUGGGAACAUAACACCAGGCGAGAAAAAGAGGCCCAACCAAUGUAGCAUAGAAAAUAUACAUAUGAAAUCAGUGAAUCUAUCAUAUAUUCCUAGAUAGAGAAUGGCAGAUGGAGAGGGAAAAGACAUAGUUUAAUAUUUUUAUUACUUUUAGAAACAGGUUUUUGGUGUGUAUAUUUUCAACAUGUGAAUUAUACCCCAUAAUACUGGUGAAAGGUAAAACCACUGGGUCCAGUGGUGCUGGUCUGUCCCUCUCCAUAUCCCUACAGUUUUGAUGUGGUCCCACUCAUUCUUGGUCUCAGUCUCUAUGGUAGUGUUCUCUGAAUGCUGAGCUCAGCAAUAUAUAAAUAUAUAUGUAUUCUCAGUGGCUAUGGAAGAUAUGUGCCGUGGCCAUUCAGCUGCAGCAUUGUUUUCCUCCCAAAGUAGGGGAACUAUAAUGAAUGAGAAGUGAGAACAAACAAGGUUUCUUCUGGUACAAAAUAGAGUUAAGAGAAAGUUUGAGACAAUUCCCAUCAGUAAUUUUGGAGGCUUUGAUGUAAGGCAAUCCUCAGUAUCAUGGAACUUGGUAAAAUGGAAUUCCCAUAAAUUUUUGAAUUUGGACUUGGGUCUUCCAAAUUUGUUCCUCUUAGCUGAGUUGUAGUAAUCUAAGAUCUCUAUAGUACAUGAUUAUACAAUUUAUAUAUAUAUAUAUACACACCAUAUUUCUCUUUAAAAUGGAAAUACUAUAGUUUUACUUAUAAGUAAUAUAAUAACUAAUACCCUAACCUCCAAAAGAAUAGACCAACCAAUUUUGUAUCAUACAUUUUCUAUUGUAAAUUCGAGGAUGCUAUCAAAUCACAGUAUAUGGUUAUAUUUUUAUGUACAGUCUAAGACUCUUAUGACCAUUCCAUUAAUAAUUGAAUCAUAAAAUAAAACUGAUAGAAAAAGACAUCUAAAGUUGAAAAUAUCUUCCUGAACUAGUUGCCUGAAAUGAGAAAAAAAGUGGAAACUCAGUGUGCAAGAACCAAAAGUCUAUUUAAAAAAAAAAAAAUGGAGCAACAUAAGUCAUAUCACUUCAUCGUUUAUUGUUUAGAUAUUAAAGCACCAUUUUAACUGAUUGUUUUUAACUGCAACAUUGAAGCUUCCUGGUGUUCUAAAUUCUGCAAAACACACCCACAAAGAAACAAAUCAAAUUUUGAAAAGGCAAUGCUACUGAAUACAUUUCUGGAAAAUCACAUUGAGAAUAGAUUAUUUCUGAGUCCUCAGUUGUUAAACUAUAUAACUCGAGGCUUAUCAGUGGGCCCCACUGAUUUUUAAAUUCAAAAUGGUGUUGAGAUCUGUGUGGUACCCUCGAGAAAAAAAAUGAAGACUUGGUGGCAGCACUCUCUCACUGUUGUCCUCAAACUUCCCCUUUGUUCCACAUGUACAAUAAUGGAACAGGAUGUCAGAGAAGCUGGUGGGGGGAUGAGAUUUGGCUAAGGCAGUCAGUGCUAGGGUCUGGGGAAAAGGAUGAUGGAAAAACUAUCCAGUUGUGAUAUAUUUUUAAAGAAAGAAAAGGUUGCGUGCUGUAAUUCCUCUCCCUGAGGAUAGACCAGUGGAGAAGUGAAACAGGAAGUAAAAAUACAAAGGCAUAGGCUGAAUAUCAGGGAAAAAGUUAUGUUCAGUGGAACAUAGAAGAGUUACUGGAAGAAAGGCUGUUAGGGGCCAAUGGAGAAAGUGAAUUGACAAAGCUCAGGAAUCCUACACUAUGUAGAAUGGCUUGGUGUUAUCAGAGUUAUGAUAAGCCUAUAGUUAUGUAACUUAUUUAUCUCAGCAUAAAAUUUUAUGAUUUCCUGUGAUAUAUCUUUUAUGAACUUAAAAAGAACUCAUUAUUUGAGCUAGAGGAGAUUUAAUGUUUAGGUGGUAUGCUCAGAAAAAUUAUUAGAUUUUCAGUAUCCACCCCACCUAUCCUAUCUUUUAUAAGGUAGGUUCCUUUGAAGAACUGUAAUUCUUAUUCUCACAAAGUGAAAUUUAUAUAUAUAAUUUCAUCAUCUUAGUACCUAACAUUUCCCACCCCCAUAGGCUAUGUUUACAUGAAGCUAUCAGUUUAGCCUUUUAAACUGAGUUAGCUUGUCUAUUAUUGAAAUAGUCUCCAAGCAGUUUUAGGUAUUAUCAUAGCAUCUGGAUUUACUCAAACACUUAGUGUUUGAAAGCCUUAUGUCUUGAAACUAUUCAACAUUUAUUUUAUUGUUUAGGGAAAAUGUUAGUGGAGUCAGUGAUCACUUUCCUGAAUGGGCAUGAAUGAAAUGCCUGUGAAAUAGGGUAGAAGUGUUUGAUACUAAAAUGUAACUGACGUCCUUGGAGGAGGGUAGUAGUGCUGUUCUUGCUUUGUAUAGCUGAAGCGACAGUCAUUUAACUCAUAUGGCUUUUCAUAUUCAUGUUUUGGAUCUCUGGUCCUUUGUCUUCACCCUGUUUAUAGAAUGUACUCCCGAUUUUUGGUAAUAUCAACUUUGAAAUGGCCUAUUGAUUUAGUUAAAUUCUUCUGCCGUCCACCAGGAAAUGUGAGUUCUGUGAUCAAGGAGAGAAGAAAGCCCUGCUGUCUCUCAUUUUGCCUGAAUGUUUUUAAUUUAGGGGGCCCCUGAAUAAAAAUUAUGAAAUGGUGAGGUCAUUCAUGGGUGCUGCCUUGCUGCAUAAAACACCAGAGAAGCAGGUUAAAGACAAUGUCUAUGCAUUUGGGAAAAUUCCUAGCCGGAUACAAGAUGCUCUCAGCAUAUCCUAUGGGCAAUGUUCACAGCAAGAAGAAUGCACUGAUGUACAGAGCUUCCCAUUCUGUAAGUCAUAAGAAGAUAAACAUGGGCAUUUAGUCUACCUAUUUUGGGAAAUAAGUUUAAUGAGUUUGGUUAGAAUCAUAUGGCCAUUGACAAAGGGGAAAAUGUAGGCACCAACUUCUGUCCCAUUCAAGGAUUAACAGACACUUUUACCAGCAUUUAGAGCUUUUUGGAAUAUGCCCGGUGUUAGAUUUCUGAGCAGUGGAGAUUAACACUGAGGCUUUUAAUUCCAGGAGGUUUUUUUUUUUUUUUUAAUGAUAUUGCCAAAAAUCUAAGGUAAAGUGUUUUUAGUUAUAUUCUGACGGUCUCUCUACUUCCUCCUUUAAUCUUGAAAAUAGAAGCUAAACACAGUCUUCCUAUGUAAGUCCAGAAUGGGGCAUAAGUAUCAGCUUCUGCUUAGUGACCAGCACUCUCUUUGUAGUCCUGAGGGCCUCUCUGAGAGAAAGGGAACAGGACCUGGGAGAUCAAGCAAGUAGCUAACUUUAAAGACCCUAAGGGCUUGGGCUGCUGAUCUGGGAAGAUUUGAAAAGAAUUUCCCACCUUUGGAGGAGGACUGAUGAGUGUCAUUGAGUGACUUCAGCAAAACAUUGCUAAAAUGUUUUGUUAAACAUGAGCAAAACAUUGGGCUACUUCCUAAUGCCUUGCAUUCUGGAGAGCACCAGAAGCAAGGUCUCAGACUUAAGAGAUUCAGUUCUGUUCCAAGGCUAAUCUGAACCAAUAGAAAGCAAACAUGUACGGAUAUCCAAACAAUAUUGCUCACGCAAGUUGGGGCUUGCUGCCUAUCUUGGGCAGCAGCUCUGGAGCUCCAGGGAGUUUAUUGCGUAUUUACCGAGGAGACUUCGAAGACCCAGGAGAUGUUUAAUGAAGUCUCUAUUUUGGCUCAAAUCUCCAUCCUUCCCCCAUCCCAAAGCAAAUAGGUAAACACAUAAAUGAAAGAAGCCCACAGAAGGGAGUGAGAAAUAAAUUUUUCCCAAGACUUCUCUAGACCAUGUCACUGGUUGGUGUGGUUUUUCUGUGUCAAGAUUGGAAGAUGUGAAGACAUAAGUAUCCAGUAUUUUAUAACCAAAGCAAUUAAAAGAUAUCGGGGAGGGAAUGUUGGCCAGUUUUGUUUAGUUUUGCAUCACAUUAUCACCAGACGCUAUCACUAGCCCAAGUAAUCGGGCACCCGAAGAGGGAGACGGAGAUGUGCAGAGGUUACCAAUGUGCAAAUGAUAACUACUGACGAAAGAGUCAGUGGCUCAGUUAGUGGUUGGAUGUAGUCACAUUCGUUUGCCUCUGCCCAUCUCUGUCUCCCUAGCAAGGAGACUAUUCGGGGCACAAUGCUAUGAGUCCUGGGUAUAUGUGGUGAGAAUGCGUGUGUGUUUAUCUCUGCUUUUCAGUUGCAGAAACAGAAAUGCUCUGGAGAUUGCCAGUAGAAAGAGUGUAAUUAUAUUGGUGCUGAGUGGUACGUGUGCUUUUAAAUUUGUUCUUGUAUUUUAAUAAACUUUGAAUAAAAGAACAAGGUUA